AUGAGCUACAUUCCUCCCCAGGAAUUGCCGAAUCUACGACGUUACAAGUAUGGUGGAGUCGACAAGUCGCUGGUGUCCCGCUAUGUCCUUACUCCAUAUUGGAACAACCUUGUCAAGAUCUUCCCCCUUUGGAUCGCUCCAAACAUGAUUACACUUCUUGGGUUGCUUUGCGUGGUGGCCAACGUAGCAACGCUCUUUUACUACACCUCCGACCUUGGUCCGUGCCCUAAUUGGGUCUAUUACACAUUUGGAUUGGGUCUCUUCAUGUAUCAAUCGUUGGAUGCAAUCGAUGGCAAACAGGCACGAAGGACUGGAUCAUCAGGACCCCUUGGGGAGCUCUUUGAUCAUGGAUGCGAUGCAUUAAACACAAUGUUGGGUUGUCUCACAUGGGCAUCCGCCACGUAUCUUGGCCAGAGCUGGUGGACUGUAACUUCUUUGUGCGCAAGUCUUGGAAACUUUUAUCUAUCCACUUGGGAGGAGUACCAUACCGGAGUCCUGUAUCUUGGAUACUUUAGUGGUCCUGUGGAAGGUGUGCUGAUGCUGGUGGGCGUUCAGUUGAUUUCGGGUUAUUUUGGUCCCGCAUUUUGGACAUUACGGAUCGCUGAAAUAUUACCCAUCACCCAGUGGGCUACGGAGCCAUGGAAACGCAUCGUUGGCGGGCUGCAGUUGAAUCAUGUAUUGAUUAUUUUUGGCGCCAUUGUGCUUUUGUACAACAUUUUUGCUGCAUUGCUGAAUGUGAUCAUUAUCAAAUUCAAGCCUACUGACCACUCGCAUGAAGAUCGGAGUGUUCUCAAAGCCCUCGCCGGUCUUUUUCCUUUUGUGUAUAUCAUGUCAACUUCUCUUUAUUGGAUGCACCUGUGGCCAGAUAUAGUACAUGAGCAUUUGACUUGGUUCAUUUUCAUGCUUGGAUUAUUGUUUGGACACCAAUUGGGACUCAUGAUUACGGCACACGUAGCAAAGCUUUCUUUCCCGUAUUGGAAUACUCCCGUUUACUUGAUCCUUGCCCUUGGGUGCCUUGCUGCCUAUGCUGAUGUUUAUUCGGAAGGGGUAGUGGAUAUCAAUCAUCUUGCUUUACUCAAGGCACUUUUGGCCAUCUCCGGUAUCCAAUACGCUAUGCUCGUUCGCGGCGUGAUCAAUCAAAUUUGUGACUUUUUGAAGAUCAAGUGCCUUAGACUAUGA